CACUACUAACACCACCAACACCAACACCAACACCAACACCAACACCAACAGCUACAAUGGCUUCCCAAAAUAACCACCUUCACUUCGUUUUAGUACCUCUAAUGGCCCCAGGCCACUUCAUACCCAUGAUUGACAUGGCCAAAUUAUUGGCACAACACGGUGUGACCGUCACCGUCGUCACCAGCCCUCUCAUUGCUUCCAGAUUCAACCCAAUCAUCAACCGUGCAAUUGAAUCCGGACUCCACCUCCGCCUUCUCUCUCUCCAGUUCCCGUCCGUAGAGGCUGGCCUGCCGGAGGGGUGCGAAACGGCAGACACUCUUCCCUCUAUACACCUAAUGAGAAAUUUCUUCGUUGCCAUCUGCCUGUUGCAAGAACCAUUCGAGCAGUUGUUUGAAACGAUCGAGCCGUCUCCAAUUAGUUGCAUAAUAGCUGACAAAAAUAUUCCUUGGGUAGCCGACACUGCUCGAAAGUUUCAAAUUCCCAGAAUUAUUUUUGAUGGAAUGAGUUGCUUCACUCUUUUAUCUACACACAAUUUACAUAUUACCAAAGUUCAUGAGAGUGUGUCCGAGUCAGAACCGUUCGAGCUCCCGGGCUUGCCUGACAAAAUUCAGCUAACAAAAUCUCAGUUGCCCCCAUCAAUCAAUCCAGGUUCAUUAUUGGACGUGCAAGACUUCCGGGUGAAAAUACAAGCUGCGGAAGCCGAAGCAUAUGGGGUUGUGAUUAACAGUUUCGAAGAGCUGGAACCGAGAUACGUGGACGGGUGUCGAAAGGUGAAACGAGAUAAAGUUUGGUGCGUUGGACCUCUAUCGUUAUGCAAUAAAGACAACCUGGACAAGGCUCAAAGAGGAAACAAGCCUGCCAUUGACGAAAACCAGUGUUUGAAGUGGCUCGAUGAACAAGAGCCAGGAUCGGUGGUCUACGCAUGCUUUGGAAGCACCGGUCACCUCUCACCUCUUCAAUUAAUCGAGCUGGGUUUAAGCUUGGAAGCAUCAAAACGCCCAUUUGUGUGGGUCAUAAGAGGCGGAGCCAAAGCAGCAGAGAUAGAGAAGUGGGUGGAAGAAGAUGGAUUCGAGGAAAGAGUAAAAGGGAAAGGCCUUGUGAUCCGAGGGUGGGCACCGCAAGUACUCAUAUUGUCUCACCCAGCUGUGGGGGCAUUUUUGACACACUGUGGGUGGAAUUCGACAUUGGAAGGGGUUUGUGCGGGUGUGCCAAUGAUAACUUGGCCCAUGUUCGCAGAGCAAUUUUUUAAUGAGAAGCUGAUUGUACAGGUUUUGGAGACCGGAGUGAGUGUUGGGGCUCAGGCAAUUGGGCACAUGUUUGGGGAAGACAAGUGUACGGUGCUGGUGAAGAAAGAGGUAGUUAGGGAAGCCGUGGAGGAAGUAAUGGGUGAAGGAAUAGAAGGGGAAGAGAGAAGGAGAAGAGCGAGAGUGCUUGGGGAGAUGGCAAAAAAGGCAAUGGAAGAGGGGGGUUCUUCGUACUUGAAUGUGAGAUUGUUGAUUCAAGAUGUCAUCAAACAAGUUAACCACAAGGAAUCAAUUGAAGAAGACGGUGCGUGUGGGUCUUAAAAGUUGAUGAGCAAAAGCGAUGUUAUGGAGUUAAGAUUUUACAAAUGGAGUUAAGAUUCAAGCGAUGUUAGCUGAUCAAAAAAAAAUGGAGUUAAGAUUUUAGAUUUUUUUUUUUUGUGUUGAAAUUCUUUAUUAUUUUUCUUGUUGAAUUAUGAAUUGGAAGUUUGAACUGUAGUUCAAUGAGAAAGUAUUCGGGCCAUAUGCAACUGUGGAGCUUGUUCAUAUGCAUUGAUUGGGUCUGCUGCAUUUUGCGGAGAGGUGAUUGAAGAUUGAGAGGUGACUAUGAGUAGUUUCAGAGUACAUACACGCGAGAGAAAAUGGAUUUGAAGUUGCAAUGACAAAAGCGAUAAAUUUUAAUUUGCUCUAAGUAAAUUCAAAUGGUAGUCCAACAUGGUUAAAAUAUUGAGUCCUACCAUUUUUUUGUCUCCUAUAAAGAGGCAAUGUGAUA